GAUGUUACGUUGACAGUUCAAACGAAAAGACAGCAAAAAGCAGAAUGAGAGCAGAAUGUUUGUUUUUGUAUAAAAUCUUCAAAUUUUCUAAUUGAGCGUGAAAUUUAUUUAUAUCCCGAAUUCCUUAAGAUUAGUGUAAAAAAGAUUUAUUUGUAUUUUUGACUUUUGAGUUCUGAUCAAUCAAGAAGAUUGUAAUAAAAAGAAAAUGGCUGAUGAUAUUGUAUUUGAUUUGUUACAUUCCGAAAUCAUUAAUUACGCUCUAGAACAAACUAAAACAACGAACGGUAGUAAGGAGGUAGAUUUAUCUGUUGUAGAAUACAUUGGUUUUGCAGCUGGCUACAAAAUUAUGGAAAGGUUAACACGGGAGUGGCCUAGAUUCAAAGAUGAAUUAGACACUAUGAAGUUCAUAUGCACAGAUUUCUGGACUUGUAUUUAUAAGAAACAGAUUGACAACCUAAGAACGAAUCACCAAGGAGUUUACGUGUUACAAGACAAUGCAUUCAGAUUCUUGACCAACUUUUCCAAUGGCCACCAAUAUUUGGAAUAUGCACCAAGGUAUGUAGCUUACACAUGCGGAUUGAUCAGAGGAGGUCUGGCAAAUCUUUGCAUCAAUAGUAUUGUCACCGCUGAAGUUCAGUCAAUGCCUUCUUGUAAAUUUCAUAUACAUGUCCAAAGAACUUAAAUAAAUAGUACAAAUAACUUCAAAGAUUUAUUUAUUAGUAAAAGAAUUAAUGAAAUUCUAUGAAAUGCACUAAAUUACCAUUAAAAUAUUAUAAAAUAAAUAUGUAUAAUAUAUAUGUAUGCUAUUUAUACAGUUAUAAUAAGCUUAAGGAUAGGCAUUGUAUGAGUUAUAGAAAGCCUACACUUAAGUUUCCAUAAUUUGCACUGAAAUUUUUUCCAUUUUAUAUUAUAUGCCCGCUUAGUGCAUACCCUGCAUGCAUACCAAUGGCAGUGUUUUAAUUUUAAAUGAGCAGCAUACAACUCAAGACUUGAGAAUGUCAUAAUAAUACCAUGACAAUUUGUUUAAAAUUAAUUUUGGUGUAGUUUUAUUUUAUUUGAAAUUGUAAAGACUACAUUAAAAGAAAGUGUUUAUUAA